AGGGACCUGAGCUAUGCCCAUACAAUCAUGGAGGCUCAACCACUCCAUAAUACUGCCUUUGAGACUUAACCAAAUCAAUGCAGUGGUGGUCUACAUCACAGUGAGUGAUGGUCCACAUAAAACUGAACUGAAUGACCUGCAUCUCUUCAGGUAAUGUGUUAGUAUUUAAGGAAUAGACAUGGGAUGUGCAUUUUAAUUACCGCCAAUGAUACCAAAGAUCAGAAUCAAUCGAAACUGCUUUGCACAGGUCAUAACUGGUAGACUGUUCUUAGACUAUAUUCAUACUGCUGGCCCCUCAUCAGGACUUAUUUGUAAGAGGCUGAGUCCAGGGCCCAUCACCCCCCUGCUUGGAGUUUCAUUGACAGCAGCCGUAAUUAAAUCAUAUGAGACAAACUGAACAGAUGUGGUUUCUGCCUCUGUCAGCCAUGCUGAUCUGAGUAGCUAAUAGAGUUGUGGAUUAACAUGAAACAUCUGCCAGAAACCAAGGCAAUGCAUGAUGGAGGGGUAAUAAAGCCAAUUGGGAGAGAAAGCCCUUCAUCAAUGUCCUGGACAGCCAGGCAGUGGUGGUGCACGCCUUUAGUCCCAGCACUUGGGAGGCAGAGGCAGGCGGAUUUCUGAGUUUGAGGCCAGCCUGGUCUGCAAAGUGAGUUCCAGGAUAGCCAGGGCUAUACAGAGAAACCCUGUCUCAAAAAACAAAACAAAACAAAAAACAAUUCUCUCUUUCUCCUCUAAGUCUAACCCCAAAGCCAGAUAAGAUUCAGACGGGCCACCUAAGACAAGUGGCAGCUGAUGAUGGACAACCACACGUGCCAAGAAUGUACCUAGGAUGCCCUAACUGCAUUUGACCUGGGCCAUUUCUUAGGGCUGUGCUUGCAAUAAGAGAUAUGGCAAUGUCUCCUAUGAGAACAGAGCUAAUUAAGGCUUGUGAGUGUUAAAAUAGAUUUCCCAAACUCGUUAGUCCUUGGCCAUUAUGUAACCCACUGUGGGUACACCUAUCUCUUUGGGAUACAGUCAUGUAUAGUAGGAUUUGACAGGGGGUGGAAGAACCUAACUCUAAAGGUGCUGAUAUUCAUUCCCCUUCCUGUGAUUACGCCUUUGUGUUUAACCCAGUAGUUACAGCUCCCAACAGUCAUAAAAUGCACCUAAUUUAUUAAUUAGCUUCACAGUAAUUUAUUAGUUUCCUAUAGGAGCAGCCCUGUCAGUGUGUUUGCUUGCUCUUGAGUAAGAUCCACUUGUGACACCUUCUAUGCUAAGUUUCUGUUUGGUGAUAUAGAGAAGAUAAAACAUCCCUUCCAGCUAAAGAUCAAGUAACUCUGUGAGCUUGGGAAAUGGAAUUGAACCAAGCCUCAAGCCACCAUCUGUAUCAUACAAAGUAAGGCCUAGAAAAUAAUUCUCACAGGAUAACACCAGACCUGUUGCUCAGAAUCUGUGCCGCCAUCUCCCGAUACCCAAACUAUCCUUACUCUAUAGGAAUCUUUUUCUUUGAAAAUCACGCUUUGGGAAAAUUAUGUUCUACGAAUUUACUAAUUUCUCAGCCAAGUUCAAAGAACCUCUGAGUAUCACCAUUUUAAAGCCAGGUGACUAGAAGACAUGAGGACAACUCCUGCAAACUCCGAGUGUGGGACCCCCACCAGGGCAAACCUAUUCUCCGAGGUUUGACACACCGGAAAGCUUUCCCCAGCCACCCCCUACUCCCCUCGAAAUACAACUGAGUUUCUCUACCGCCAAGGACCUGUCGUGCCUCCGAUGAAUCCCGCCCACUUCGCGCCCUCAAGCCAAUCAGAGGGUGGCGUCACUCCCUCUCAGUUGCCAUGGUGCCCGCCAAGUCCUUUCCGCCACUUACCAGAUGUGAGCAGGCUGGUCCAGCCGGUGAAAGCGGGUGGCAAAGGACAGCAGCGUCACCACAGCCAACGUGGCCCACCACCCUGCCGCCUGGAAGCGCCGCGAGCUCCAAGCAGGCCGUUUAAGUUUCCGUGCUGCAGCCUGGGGGACCACGUCUCGGCUCACGGCUCUGGCAGCCUGCGGCACACAGCGGCCCCUACGGGGACGCAGCUCGGAGCCCGCUAGGCCACCGCCUAUGGCCGGCGGCAUCCUCCCCUUCCGAAGGAUCACCCUCCGGGCCGGAGGCACGCCGGGUCUUGUCCGCUGCCCCGUCAAGGGGUCAUAAGAAGGCGUCUCGAGCCUAUCCUCUACUCCUAUUUCCGAAGCUCCUGUUCAUGGAGAGUUCGAAUUGCUCUGGCGUUAAAAGGCAUUGACUAUGAGAUAGUGCCCAUCAACCUCAUAAAGGAUGGCGGGCAACAGUUCACUGAGGAAUUUCAGACCCUGAACCCCAUGAAGCAAGUGCCAGCGCUGAAAAUUGAUGGAAUCACCAUUGUCCAGUCACUGGCCAUCAUGGAGUACCUGGAAGAGACUCGGCCUAUCCCACGGCUCCUGCCUCAGGACCCACAGAAAAGAGCCAUCGUGCGCAUGAUUUCUGACCUCAUCGCUAGUGGCAUCCAGCCCCUUCAGAACCUGUCUGUCCUGAAGCAAGUGGGACAGGAGAACCAGAUGCAAUGGGCCCAAAAGGUUAUUACUUCCGGCUUUAACGCUCUGGAGAAGAUUCUGCAGAGCACAGCAGGGAAGUACUGCGUAGGAGAUGAGGUAUCCAUGGCUGAUGUGUGCUUAGUACCCCAAGUGGCAAAUGCUGAAAGGUUCAAGGUGGAUCUAAGCCCCUACCCUACCAUCAGUCACAUCAACAAGGAGCUGCUAGCCUUAGAGGUUUUCCAAGUGUCUCACCCCCGUCGACAGCCAGAUACCCCUGCCGAGCUGAGGACUUAGCUCCCAAACCAUGCCCAUUGGUACAGGGAAGGGAGUAGGCCCAGAUGCUGGGUGUUCUACUGCUGUGAAGAGACACCAUGACCAUGGCAACUCUGACAAAGAAAGACGUUCAAUUAGCUUACAGUUUCAGAGAUUCAGUCCAUUAUCAUGAUGGUAGAAAGCAAGGCACAUGUAAGGCAGUCAUGGUGCUGGAGAGGUAGCAGAGAAUUCACAUCUGGAUCCAAAGGCAGCAAGAAGAGUGACACUGGGCCUGCUGUGAGCAAUCUGAAACCUCAAAGCCCACCCCCAGAGACACAACGUCCUCCAAGAAGGCCACACCUCCUAUUAGUGCAACUCCCUAUAUGCCUUUUUAUUCAAACCAGAACAGGCCCAGAAAUGAAUGCAUUAUAGCAGAGGAUUUGAACUUGAGCUCUUUCCUCAGGAAGCAGCAGAUUCAUGGAGUCCAGGCUAUUUCUUCCAGGUCCCCGUAUUAAAGUUUUCUCUAGCAACAUGAAGCCAGUUCGAUAUAUCUUCCUUCUGCUUGCACUAUAGUCACUACAGUCUGCAUUAAUUCUCUUAUCUGUCACGUGUUAGGAGGGGGUAGGCAGAGACAUGACCAGCUCUCACCGGCUAAUGUUAAUUGUCAACUUGAAAUAAAGCUAGAAUCACCAGGGAGAAGGGCCUUUAUAAAUGUCUGUUGGGGGUUAUAUUGGUACCAUUGAGGUGGGAUGGCACCCAGCAUGGAUGGCACCAUUCCCUAGGCAGAGGAUCCUGGGGCCCAGAAGAGUAGAGAAGGAGUGGAGCAACCACCACACGUGCAUUAUGAUCAGCUGCUCACGCUGAUGUCUUGACUUCCCUGCCAUUAUGGACUAUACCCUGAAACCAUGGGCUAAAAUAAACCUUCUCUCCUUUAA